AUGGCAGGCAGCAGCAUGAGCAAGGACGAGAGGUGGAGCCUGGCCGGCGCGACGGCGCUCGUCACCGGCGGCAGCAAAGGGAUCGGUCACGCGAUCGUGGAGGAGCUGGCGGGGCACGGGGCGCGGGUGCACACGUGCGCCCGGAGCGCGGCGGAGCUGGAGGAGUGCCGCCGCCGGUGGGAGGCCAAGGGGCUCCCGGUCACCAUGUCCGUCUGCGACGUCUCCCUGCGCGCCCACAGGCUGCAGCUCCUGGAGACGGCCAAGCAGGUCUUCGACGGCAAGCUCGACAUACUGGUGAACAACGCGGCGCAGAUUCUUGCCAAGGCGAGCGUGGAGUGGACAUCGGAGGAGUACUCACACCUGAUGGCGACCAACCAAGAGUCGUACUUCCACCUCAGCCAGCUCGCGCACCCCCUCCUUCUCAACGCCACCAUAGCCGGAGGAGGUAGCAUAGUCAACAUAUCCUCCCAUGCCGGCUCACUUGGCUUCCCUGGCCUCGCGCUCUACAGUAUGGCAAAAGGAGGAAUCAACCAGCUUACAAGGAGCCUUGCUACAGAGUGGGCCCAGAACAAGAUCCGGGUGAACUGUGUCGCCCCUAGCGCGACUAAGACCGACAUGUUAAACAGUCUAGGACCGGAGAUCAUAGAAAACGAGUUGGCCAGGACUCCGAUGCGGCGAGCAGGCGAGCCAGCUGAGGUGGCGACUGUGGUGUCAUUUCUAUGCAUGCCGGCGGCAUCCUUCGUCACCGGCCAAGUCAUCACCGUCGAUGGUGGUAGGACCAUUAGUGGUAGGCAGGUCGAAAAGCAUGUGUAA